UUCGACGAGAAAGAAGUGAAAAAAGAGAAAAUUGUGUGAAAAGCAGCUACUUGCUUAUCGAGUAACAUACAAUUAUCACAACAAAUAGUUUAGAAGUUCGUUUAAAACAUACAACAUCGACAAAAUGAGUUAUAGCAUAAAUACCAAAUUAAACGGUACAGCCAAAAGCAAUUGCACAACAAUGUGCAACGGCAAUGAAUCUUUGCGAAUUGCAAUAAUUGGCCAAAGUAAUUUUGCUGCAGAUGUUUUGGAACUUCUUUUGGAAAGCGGUUACAAUGUGGUUGGUGUUUUCACGAUUCCAGACAAAGGCAAUCGAGAAGACAUACUUGCAACGACAGCAAAAUUGCAUAAUAUUUCAGUGUUUAAAUUCCCAUUGUGGCGUCGAAAGGGUGUUGUUUUGGAUGAUGUACUCGAACAAUAUAAAUCGGUAAAAGCCAAUUUGAAUGUGUUGCCGUUUUGUUCACAAUUCAUUCCGAUGGAGGUGAUUGAUGGGGCGACGCACGGUAGCAUUUGUUAUCACCCAAGCGUUCUGCCGCGACAUCGAGGCGCGAGCGCCAUAAGUUGGACAUUGAUUGAAGGCGAUGAAAUUGCUGGAUUCUCGAUUUUUUGGGCAGAUGAUGGGCUCGACACUGGACCCCUACUGCUGACAAAACAGUGUAAUGUUGAAUCAACCGACACAUUGGAUUCAAUUUACAAACGUUUCUUAUACCCAGAAGGUGUUAAAUCUAUGAAAACGGCUGUCGAUUUGAUUGCACAGAAAAAAGCACCAAAAAUUCCACAAAUUGAAUUCGGCGCAACUUACGAGCCGCCAAUAUUCAAAGUAGAAAAUCAAAUUAUUGAUUUGAAUCAGCCAGCGUAUCGUAUUUUUAAUUUCAUACGUGCUUUAGAUUCCGUGCCUGGUGCUAUUGCCCAUGUACUUUCAACGGAUGACAGUGAAGAAGAAUCGAUUCGCCUCUUUGGAGCUUGUUUAUACCAUGACAUCAUUUCAUCGGAUGCAAAACCAUUAAAUCUCAAAGGAUUAUCGCGUCCAGCAUUGAUUAAUGAACACGGCCUCUUAAUUUGUGGCACAGAUGGAAACUAUGUAAAUGUUAAACGGAUUAUGCGUAAAGGUCGAAUGAUUGGCGCCAGUGAAUGGUUUAAUGCGGAAACCGAAAAAAUAAUCAUUGAACUAACCGACGAUGAACGUGUGAUUAAAGAGCACUUGAAGAAAAUUUGGCAAUCAAUUUUAAAUGUGACCAUUGAUGAUACUACCAAUUUCCUUACAAGUGGAGCUGGAAGCAUGGAUAUCGUUCGCUUAGUUGAAGAAGUUAAAGAUGCAUUCGACAUACAUUUGGAACAUUCAGUAGUUUUUAUGUCACCAGUUUUUGAUGAAUUUUUAACAGCUGUCAUUUUGGCCAAACGUAUAGGUACAUCCGACACUGUUGCACAUGUUGAAUAUAAUGGCAUCACAAUCAAUGCAAAUAAAAGACACAUUCAUGUUCCAACACAAUUAUUUAUUAAUGGUCAAUUCACUGAUGGCAAACAUGUGAAGAAAAUCGAUAUUGUGAAUCCGACCACAGAAGAGGUUAUUUGUCAAAUGCCAGUUGCAACCGUUCAAGACGUUGACUAUGCGGUGAAAUCAGCUUAUGAAGCUUUUAAAGGGCCAUGGAGUGAAAUUAGUGCCAGACAAAGGGGUGCCAUGAUGAUGCGAUUGGCCGAUUUAAUGGAGAAGCAUAAAGAAGAAUUGGCCACAAUCGAAGCGGUUGAUUCGGGUGCCGUGUACACAUUGGCCUUAAAAACACACGUUGGAAUGUCAAUUGAAGCGUGGCGAUUUUUUGCCGGCUGUUGUGAUAAAAUUGAAGGCUCCACCAUUCCAGUGAGCGCAGCUCGACCAAAUAAUGUACUCACAUUCACAAAACGAGAACCAAUCGGAGUUUGUGGUAUCAUCACACCUUGGAAUUAUCCUUUAAUGAUGCUAAGUUGGAAAAUGGCUGCUUGCAUUGGUGCUGGAAACACGGUCGUUUUGAAACCAGCACAAGUCUCACCAUUAACCGCAUUGAAAUUUGUCGAACUUACGGUUUUGGCCGGAUUUCCAAGUGGUGUCAUCAAUAUUUUACCAGGAACCGGGUCUGUUACAGGGCAAGCAAUCGCCGAUCAUCCAUUGAUCCGCAAAUUGGGUUUCACCGGAUCAACGGAAAUUGGAAAGACAAUCAUGACAACAUGUGCACAAUCAAACUUAAAAAAAUGCUCAUUAGAACUAGGCGGUAAAUCGCCACUUGUUAUAUUUGCUGAUUGUGAUCUUGAGAAGGCUGUAAAAUAUGGAAUGUCAUCGGUAUUUUUUAACAAAGGCGAAAAUUGUAUAUCGGCUGGACGUUUGUUUGUCGAAGAUAAAAUCCACGAUGAAUUUGUGCGACGUGUAUUGAAAGAUGUGAAAAAUAUGAAAAUCGGCGAUCCGUUGAAUCGUUCUACGGCACACGGUCCACAGAAUCACAAAGCGCAUUUCGAUAAAUUACACGAAUUCUGUGAAAUUGGAGUACGUGAUGGUGCCAAAUUGAUUUGUGGCGGAGAGAGAGUGCCGAAUAUGAAAGGAUUUUUCUUUCAACUAACCGUAUUUACCGAUGUCGAAGAUGAUAUGUACAUAGCGCAAGAAGAAUCAUUCGGACCAAUUAUGAUAAUAUCCAAAUUCAGUGGCAGCGAUAUAGAUGGUGUCAUUCGGCGCGCCAACAAAACAGAAUUUGGCUUGGCGAGUGGCAUUUUUACAAAAGAUUUGAACAAGGCACUAUUAUUCGCUGACAAAAUCGAAGCAGGAACGGUAUUUGUAAAUGUUUAUAAUAAAACUGAUGUUGCAGCACCAUUUGGUGGAUUUAAACAAAGCGGAUUCGGAAAAGAUCUGGGACAAGAAGCACUCAAUGAGUAUCUUAAAACGAAAUGCGUCACUAUUGAAUAUUAAGUCGAAGUUAAUUAUAUUUAGUAACUAUAAUAAUAUAUAGUAUAUAUUGAUGAACGUAUUUUGUAGCUAUAAUGAUGUAUACAAAUAAGCACAUCACAGAUAAUUUUCGAAACAAACCUAUUGAAAUGAAAUGAAAAUCAUUGCUGUGUAAAAUUUACUUGAAUUCUGUUUAAAAUUCCGUGGUCGUUAUGUUUUGUCACCAAUCAAUUACAUUAUUUGAACAAGUCAAUUUUUGGUCAUUUCACCGAGUUGUUGUCAUCACAGCUACUAGUUGUACUAAUGUAAAAUCACACAAAAAUGAUCAAUAUUUUGAUAAUUAUGAUGGUGAUGACGAUACAGCAAACUAUUAUCCAUUUUAUAAACUAAUGUUUUGUAAUUUAAUGUGCAAAAGCAAAUCCCAUUCAUUAACACAAAUUCAAAUGUACCACAAAACCAUUGGCAUAUUUUCACGUUUAAUUAUGACUUUUAUUCAAAACAUUCUGAUUAUUACAAUACAAUGCAACAUGGCUAUAAUUCGACUUUCAUUGGUUUAAUAUAUCCGUUCUCAUAACUGAAUCAAAAUACCUAAGCAAUCAUCAUAAUAUUUAUGCAU